AUGAAGAAUUAUUAUACUUGUGUGGAGAACUAUUUUAUUAUUGGAACUAUUUGCUAAGUUUGUGAUUCUUUUUGUAAGACUUGUUUGGGUACUAGUAUGACUUGUACAUCAUGUAAUAUUGGUGUUUUUCUUUCUCAUCCUUGUGUUCUGCUUGUAUCAACAAUUCAAAUGAUUGUACAGCAUGCAUUGAUAAUAAUAAAACACAAAAUAAUUUUUAAUGUUUUUGCUAUGCCGGAUAUUAUAAUAAUAUCUCAAAUUAAUGUUAAUAAUGUACAGCACCAUGCUAAAAUUAUGAAAAUAAUCCAAAUGUUUGUAUUUCUACUUUUAUAUUAAGUUAGGAUACAAUAUAAAUAUGAAUGUUAAAAUGACUAUUUUUAAGCUGAUUCUCAAACAUGUAAACAAUAUGUAAGUCCUUGUUGAUAUUAAUUAAAUAGUUAAUGAUUUUCAUCAAUGUGUAUGUAAAACAAGUUGGAUUUUCCAUACAGAUGGUGUCACUCAAAUUCAACGCUAAUCACCAAAGCUCAUUAAUAACCUGA